AUGACUGACUCUGAAGAAUUCACUUUAUCAACAGAGAUAGGUAAGUUCAAAGGUUUGAAGUAUUUUAAUACAAGUACCGGAGAACCACAGAAUUUUAGAUACGCCUCUAUUCCGUAUUCCGAGAACUUCGAUGGUGAAAAUAGAUGGAAGAAACCAAUUCCCUUGUCGCGCGAUUUUGACUAUACUGGUGACUAUACCGAGUUGAGAUCACCGGCACCACAACCAAUUGUGUCUAAUGAAACCUUACGGAAGUUGAUGCCCCAAGGGAAAGGACAUGAGAAUAUUAAUCAUUUGACUAUUUGGGUACCUAGUAGUGAAAAUAAAGCACCAGAUGGAGGAUUCCCUGUCUUGAUAUACAUUCAUGGUGGUUGGUUGCAAUAUGGAAAUCCUUCUAGGUUUGAGAAUCCAAGACUAAUUCAACAGCCAGCUUCUGACUUAGGUAAGUACAUAAUUGUUACCCCCGGCUAUAGAUUAAACGUUCUAGGAUUUUUGAGCAGUACUGAAUUGUCAAGCUUGAGCUCAGAGGGAAACUCUAAUUUAGGGUUUUGGGAUCAAAGAGUAGCCAUCGAAUGGGUAUACGACAACAUCAAGCACUUCGGUGGAAACCCUGAGAAGAUUACUGUAGGAGGCUUAAGUGCUGGCUCGUAUUCCACCUUUUUCCAAUUGGCUUAUGAAUUGUACAACAGUUCAAGUGCUAGACAAAUUAUUAAGCAAGUGGUGCAUUUUUCGAACGCAUUCUUAGUUCAACCAAAGCUGAUCCAUGAAGUUGAUGACCAAUACGAAGAAUUAAUAACUAAGUUGGAAAUUCCAAAAUCCUUGACUGCUGCUGAAAAAUUUCAAAGGUUACAAGCAAUUGACGUUGAGAAGCUUAUGGAAGUUUUACCUAAAAUGAAGUAUCAUACAUUUAGAGCUGUAUCUGACAACAAAUUUGUAAGUAGUACUAUUUUAGCAGAUUUGACAAGUGGUAAGUUCACCUCUUUGUUGCUUUCAGUGAAGCCAUCAAUCAGAAUUGUAAUUGGUGAAGUAGAAAAUGAACCUUGGUUGUAUUCCGUCUUGGAUACACCAAAGGAUCAAAUAGAGCUCGAAUACCAAGUAGAGAAUUAUUAUCCUAGGAAGUCAGUUAGAGAUUUGAUUGAUCUCUAUCCUCAAGUCGAUCCAAGAUUACUGGAAUCAGAAAAGCACCUUCAGUACAAAGAACUAUUUGGAAGAAUCAUUGGUGAGGGACAGGUUUAUAAUUCGUCAAGAGGUUACAUAAAGAAUUUGAUUGACCACGGGUUCCCCGCAGCCAACCUCUUCAGAUUUAGAGUUGCUUUCAGAUCAAAAUACUAUGAUGACGUUAUAGAUCCUUCGCACGGUGUUGUUCAUGGUAUGGACCAAGGAAUAUGGUUCAUGAAUCCUUUAGCUAAUGAUUCUGAAAGAGCUCUUAUUCGAGAAUUUAUUUCACCAUUUAAUGACUUAAUCACAUUGCAAGAGAAUAGUAAAAUUAACUGGGGUACUACAAAUGAGAAGGAAUAUAGAUUCUUCUCCAAAGAUGGUAAAAUUGGUACGGAAGAGGAUGAGUACUGGUCAUGGGGUGUAAAAGUUUCGAGCACCGUAUAUAAUUCCCUCUUAAAUUAG